AAAUUAAUUAUAAAUGAAACUUUUAUAUUAAUCAAAUAUGCAAUAACAAGAUAAUAUAAAAACGUUUAUGUUUUUAUUAUAAUUAAUAUAAAAAUGUUUAGGACUCACUUCACUGUAUAUUACCAACAUACAAAAAUCACAUGGUGUUUAACCUAAAAAAAUUGUAAACAUGAAGAAAGACAAUAAAUCUGUUAAAAACACAGAGGGUGUUUUAACCGCAGAAGAAAAACGAUUACAAUCUAUAGCAGCAAAAAAGCAACAAUACAAAAGUCAUAAAAACGCCAUAAAAUUUGCGUUAACCAAUCUCGAUGUAAAAACUAAUAAGAAAGUAAUUUUUAAUGAUGAACAUUCUGAUUUGGAAGUAACCGAGAAAGAAAUUCCUUUAAAAAAUGGUCAUUCUUCGAAAAAACAAAGCUUAUUUGACGAUGAUGAAAAUGAAAGUGAGGGAGAAUAUAACUUUGAGAUUAAAGAGCAAUUUCAAGGAAAAAAGGGAAAGAAGUUAUUGGAAUUACAAUCAAAAUAUAAAAAUGAUAAAAGAUUUAUGUUGGAUGAACGAUUCCUAGAGGAUAAUGAUAACUUAAAUAGUGAUAAUGAAGAUGUAGUACGUAAAGAUGUUGUUGAAAAUGAUUUGGUGCAAGAAAAACAAGAUGAUUUGACUGUGUUAGAAGAAAUUUUAGGUACAAAAAUCAAUAGGGACAAAGAAAAAGUGAAAAAAUCAAGUAAAAAAUCAAUGGUACGGUAUGAUCCAUCUAAACCAGAACAAGCAAACUUAGAAGUUCAAAUUACAACGGAAGUCAAACCACCAAAAAAGAAAAAGCAUAAAGAAAUUCAAGAAAAAAAUGAAGAAGAAGUCAAAGAAGUACCUGGUACUUUCUAUGAAGUUAAAGAUGAUUUAAAAGAGAGUUUACAAGAAACCCAACCUUUUAGUUUAUUAAAUAUGUUUGGAAGGAGUGAUCCAGAAAGCAAUGAAGUUGAAAAAAAGAAAAGAGGAAGAGAUGAGGAGGAAUGUGUUGAAACAAAGAGUGUGGUUAAUAAUAAAAAUCCAUUUCGGUAUGAUUCUUCUGAUAAUGAAAGUGAUGGGGAUAUAGAAAAGAAUGAUAAAGAGGAGGUUGUAAAUGAAGAAGUUAAGGAUGAUACUAAAAAUGAUGAUCGAAAACGAAUUAAUUUGGGACCUAGAAAAUUUUGGACUGAUCCAUUCUUUUUUAAAAAUGAUGAUUAUAGAAUACAAGAAGGAUUCGAUUUUAUUAAAAAAUUUGACAUAGAAGAAGCCGAUUUUUCAACAGUUCGUCGCAACAUCAAAGAAAUUGUCAAAGCCAAGGUGAAACAUAAUCAAAAGAAAAAUAAAAUGUUUAAAAAGAAAUUGGGCGGGAAGAAAUUAAUUAAAAUGAAAAAGGCGUUAAAAAGGCGAUGAUAAAGAAUGAAAUGAAUGUGUAUUAUUUUUAUUAUUAAAAAAUAAAUUGAAGCAACCCCUAAAACAAA